UCUGUGGGGGGGAAAGGGUGUUCUUCUGUUUUAAGAACAGUUUUAUUAACAAAAUAUAAGCUUAAUUAAAUCAACUUGUGGCCAUCAAAACAAAACACAUGCAUUUAAAUAUAUAAUUGUCAAAAAAAUCAUUUGAUCCUUUCCAUGGCUUUUAUCUGGGGAGGAUUAUAAGAGUAGAAUAAAAAUCUACAUAAACAUUAGUAAUUAAAUAAUUUGAUAGUUCUGUAGUUCCCUUUCAAAAGCUACACUCAAUGCUGUGUGGAAACACUAUGGGGAACAUCUUUCUGUGUUGCCGGUUGUAAAGCAUGUGUGUAUCAAACAAGCCAAAUUUUUGGCUUAUAUGACCUCGGUCAGGUGACGUCAUCUGAUGAAGUACACCUACUGGUUAUAAAUAGGAGUGAACCGGAAACAUUCCUUAGAUCUUUUUGUCUUCAGGACUGCUUUGUGUUUUUAACUCACCGAUAUGGCGGAGUUUCAAGCGAGACGUGUGCCUCCGUGUGAUAAAGCUCUUUAAUAGCCACCUCAGAGCACUCCUCUAGUGAUGACAGAACGUAUGAGGAGUUACUCGAAGUAGUCACGCGUGCGGUCGAGUGGCUGCAUAUUGACUGGCCGCAAGAGCGAGCUUCCCCCAAGCGCUUGAAAUUAGACAACAGGUUUCUGUCAGAUGGCCAGGGGGCGGAGCCUUAACGACACUCUCACCUUCUUUAGCGACCUCCACAACGAGUUAACUAAUUCAUGAAGUAAGCCAUAUUUAUCUCUUGUUUUCGUGCCAUCGACUUCGAUUUAUUCGAAUAGAUAGAAGAUGCCCCAGAUAGAAGAGGCGCCUUUGGGCUAUCUCUCUCCUGGGACGUUAUCCUCCCUGAAAAAGCCAACACUUCCUUCCAAGCCAGGUAGACUUUCAUCUUUCCUGAUGGGAAAAGCUUUUCAGGCAGCAGGUCAAGCUGGUGCUGCACUGCAAACCAUGGCAGUUUUGCAGGCUAAUCAGGCUGACCUGCUGAAAGACUCGAGCACUGGCGGGGCUCUUGAUAAUAGGGUGUUCCUGGAACUACACCGAGCCACAGACUGGUCUCUUCGUGCAACAAAGCCCAAAGAAGAAGUCCUGAGGUAGGACCAUGCCCGCCCCCCGGGGAGGAGCAUGUAGAAUUCCUUUCAAGAAUUAAGUGUUCUCCCUGGCACCCCCAGGAGGUCAGUGUUCAUGCUCUGCCACCACUGGUGUUUUGGGCAACACCGGUCUCCAAAGAAAUGUUAGUUCUUCGGUUAUUUCUUGCCAUGUUUCAGGAUGCCGAACAUCUGCGUUUUAACGGCGUGGUCUCCACUUCCGUGAAACCAGAAAGGGCGCACCUGCUGCCUCUAGAAUUACAGAUGUUGCUGGAAAAAGGGUCCAUAGAAAAUGUUUCCCUACCAGACAGAGAGUCAGGCUACUACAGUCGGUAUUUCUUGGUUCAGCAUUAAUACUGUUAGUCAGCGAUGGCUGAAUAGGAGGGCUUAAAUUACUAAGUAUUAGUGUUUUACUGUUAAAACAGUCUGGUAGUCUAUUUUUAGCUUUAUCUCCAGUGUUAGUCUACUUUACAACUGAUGAGCAAAUCUGCUAAAAAAUGUCUACCCUUAGAAAAAUUUAUCUUUUUCCAUAAUGAAGUUCAUGACCAGAUCAGGCUGGUGAAUGGUGCGAGUAACUGCUGUGGCCGAGUGGAGAUCCAGCACAAAGCCCAGUGGGGAACAGUUUGUGAUGAUUACUGGGACUUAAAGGAUGCAGAGGUGGUGUGUCGACAGCUUGGAUGUGGUAAAGCAGUAAGCGCUCCUCGUAAUGCCCACUUUGGUCAGGGAAGUGAACCAACCUGGCUGGAUGAUGUUCGGUGUAAUGGGACUGAGAGCUACAUAAAUCAGUGUUUACACAGAGGAUUUGGAGUAGAGAACUGUGGACAUGGUGAAGAUGCUGGAGUUGUUUGCUUAAAUUUGCAGAGUCCCACACUGACUCGGAUCUCCUCAAACUCUGUGGUCUUACCUGGAGAAGUCCUUCAGUUCAGAUGUACCACACGCAGCCCAACAUGCAUCUCUGUAGAUUUCAGUUUAUAUAAAACUGGGACAUUAAUAAAGAAGCAAACAGGAGAGACUACAACAACAUUUACUCUGACUGUAGAUGACUCACAUCAGGGCCAGUACACCUGUGACUACUCAUACAGGGAAAGUCACUCCACAUCUUCGAGGAGCAGCUUCAUUACCAUCACUGUGGAUCAAGUUCAUAACCAGAUCAGGCUGGUAAAUGGUCCGGGUAACUGCUGUGGUCGAGUCGAGAUCCAGCACAAAGCCCAGUGGGGAACAGUGUGUGAUGAUGACUGGGACUUAAAGGAUGCAGAGGUGGUGUGUAGACAGCUUGGAUGUGGUAAAGCAGUCAGCGCUCCUCAUAAUGCCCGCUUUGGUCAGGGAAGUGAACCAACCUGGCUGGAUAAUGUUCGGUGUAAUGGAACUGAGAGCUACAUAGAUCAGUGCUCACAUAGAGGAUUUGGAGUAGAGAACUGUGGACAUGGUGAAGAUGCUGGAGUUGUGUGCUCAAAUUUGCAGAGUCCCACACUAACUAGGAUCUCCCCAAACUCUGUGGUCUCACCUGGAGAAGUCCUUCAGUUCAGAUGUUCCACACCCAGCACAACAUGCAUCUCUGUAGACUUCAGUUUGUAUAAAACUGGUAUAUUAAUAAAGAAGCAAACUGCAGAGACUACAACAACAUUUACUCUGACUGUAGAUGAAUCACAUCAGGGCCAGUACACCUGUGACUACUCAUACAGGGAAAGUAACUCCACAUCAUCCAGGAGCAGCUCCAUUACCAUUACUGUGGUUCAUAAGCAGAUCAGGCUGGUGAAUGGUACGGGUAACUGCUGUGGUCGAGUGGAGAUCCUGCACAACACCCAGUGGGGAACAGUGUGUGAUGAUGACUGGGACUUAAAGGAUGCAGAGGUCGUGUGCAGACAGCUUGGAUGUGGUAAAGCAGUCAGCGCUCCUCAUAAUGCCCACUUUGGUCAGGGAAGUGAACCAACCUGGCUGGAUGAUGUUCGGUGUAAUGGAACUGAGAGCUACCUAUAUCAGUGCUCACACAGAGAAUUUGGGGUAGAGAACUGUGGACAUGAUAGAGAUGCUGGAGUCGUGUGCUUAAAUUUGCAGAGUCCCACACUGACUCAGAUCUCCCCGAACUCUGUGGUCUCACCUGGAGAAGUCCUUCAGUUCAGAUGUUCCACACCCAGUACAACAUGCAUCUCUGUAGACUUCAGUUUGUAUAAAACUGGGUCAUUAAUAAAGAAGCAAACUGCAGAGACUACAACAACAUUUACUCUGACUGUAGAUGAAUCACAUCAGGGACAGUACACCUGUGACUACUCAUACAGGGAAAGUAACUCCACAUCAUCCAGGAGCAGCUCUAUUACCAUCACUGUGGCGAAGGGAAUCACGGCAUUGCUGAUUGGUUGGUGCGCUGUUGUAGAGAUGACAUCUUUCGGGAAAGUCCUUUGCUGAGGCGUGGGUUGCCUGGUUACCGAUGGCUGCGCUCUGGAACUUCUCCUGCGGUGAAUGAUAUCAAACAUAACAUAACGUACCCACUCAUUUCUUCCUUUAUCUAAUAAAAGGGGUUUGUAAAUGCUGAUUACACCUUUUAAGUUAUGCAGAAUAAUCAAACAUACAUACAGGAAUAAACAUCCUGAGUAAAUAUAUGUAUAUAUACGUUUUGCCCUACUGGCACACUUUAAAGAUGGUUUAAAAUAGUGUCCAUGCCGUAUGCCUCUUUGUUCAUUGAAAGGCAUUUGCUCUGGAGAGUGUCAAAGUGUGACUUGGUGGUUCCCCCCAACUCAGGGUGAAGCUGUAAAAUAGUUCGCUUUGUUUACCAGAUCGCCGAUUUACACCCUUGGUUUUGGGGUUUACUUCGAGGCAUCUGGUCAUAUGCCUUGUGAAAGUUUUUGCAGCUUCGUAUUAUAGACCCUCCUUUAUAAUCGUGGAUAGAUUAGAUUAUCGGGAUGGCGACAUGCAGGCUGGGAGAGGGGCUUUGGAAUGUGAUCAAUUGAUUGCUUCCUUUGGGGGCCCUGUUCAUCUCUACAUACCCCAUUUUUUCCUAAAUAAAUUACCCUUUUUCCUGUAAGACCUCGCCUUGUGUUCUUGCUUUAUGGUGCCGCCCAUGCAAAAAGUGUCAAAACCCUUACAUAAAUAUAUCAGAAAAAUAGACUAUUGCUUGAGAGAAAAAAUAAUAAUAAAAAUUUAAAAAUCUGAUUUAUCUCUAGAAAUAUUGAACGACUGAAACAGUAGGAACAUGUACUGCACUCACUACUUGUUCAGGGCUCCCUUUGGAUGAAUUACUGGAGCAAUGCUGCGUGGUAUGGGGGUGAUCAGUCUGUUAAACUGCUGAUUUGUUAAGGAAGCCCAGAGUGUUCUAAUAGCGGUCUUCAGCUCUUAUGUGUUGUUCGGUCUGGUGUCUCUCUAUCUUCCUCUUCACAAUACCUCACUGAUUUUCUAUGGGAUUUAUAUUGGGUGUAGGAAUACAAAAGUUAUAGCCCAUGUCCUGGUUAAGUCUGAAUGUAGUGGUUCUUGAAGCACUGAAUCCAGCUGCAGUCCACACCUUGCGAAUCUCCUCCAAAUUGUUAAAUGGGCUUAAUUUUACAGCUUUUUCAAGAUUUUGGUUAUCCCUAUUGAUUAUGCACGUUUUUCAACCACAUUUAUAUCUUCCAUUCAAAUUCCAUUAAUGGAAUACAGCAUU